CUCAACUUGUGUAUUCAUCAAUGAUGUUCUCGUUAUCAGACUGUAUUGUACAAAUAUGGCUACAUGCAAAAGCCUUUAGGGAGAGACAAAGACAGGGCACCGACGGAAAAGGAAAUGGAAGAAGCUAUCAAGAAAUACCAAGCAUUCAAUGGAUUGGAGGUAACUGGUGUCUUUGACGAAGAGACGAUUAAGAAAAUGGGUUCGCCUCGUUGCGGACUUCCAGAUUAUGAACCAGGGCAGUCGCGAAGCGACAGGAAAUGGCUAAAGAACGACCUGACAUGGUUUAUUGAGAAAUUCAGCAAAACACCAAUCAAAAAGAAGCAACAAAAGUAAGUAAAUGUCUUUCAAUUCUUCUAUCAAAAUACAUG